AAUACAUGCCGCGACUGCGCAGACGGCAGUAGGCGGCAGGCGGCGCAGGCGCCGACCGCUCGCACCACCUCCCGGAUUCAAAUGUGCCGGCUCAUUUACUGACGCUCUAUAUUUAACCGCUGCGACCAGAUAUCUGCAUGUUCCGCCAAAACCUAGUUAUCUUAAACAUACCAGUGAUGUGAAAAUUGAUAUACAAGUGUUGUCUAUAUCGUCUUCAACUGAAAAUGUGUUGAGUGGAAAUAACAUGUGCUCUAUCUAAUUUAUUGUAGCAUCAGUAGAUUAUAUAUUCCGUUUUCUUUUAACAUCGACAAUCGUCGUGAGUAUCUUGUGUCUAUUUUUCAAUUUUUUGACAUUCUGCCAAAACGAGUUCCAGAAAACCAGAAUACUGCUUGCGUAAAGUUAUUUGUGAUAUUAUUUAAUUUGAGUGAAACUAUUUCAGAAAAAUGAAUCCUCCGUCGGCAUUAUACGGAGCUAUGAGUCGAGAUAAAAAGCCUUUUACUUAUACCCCGGGAGGGUUGGAUCUUUCAGAGAUCAAAUCUGAACGUAUGGCAAAAAGAUUAAUGAGAAAUGCUAUGAAUCAAGGUGUGCCCGAAGUUACUAUUCCACAAGUACAAUCACCACCAGCGAAUCCAAUGGUUGUUCCAAACUUUAACUGCUUACCAGUUCAGGUCUUUCCAACAAUUAAUUUACCAGCCAAUCCAAAGUCUUUAUUACGUACUAGAAGUAACCCAGAGCAUCCAAAAGAAGCACUUGUUCAAAGAGUACCUCAACAAACAAUAUUAUCUAAACCGAAAACAGAUGAGACUCAAAAGAAUUAUAAUUACUCUAACUAUCAAAGACCUUCAUCGAUGUAUGAACCCAAUGCAAACACUUUAACAAAAACAAAUAAUAAUAAUAAUAAUUUAAUGGAAUCAUAUCUGCCAGAAAUUAGUUAUGAAGCAGAAUAUUUUCAGACAGCGCCACGAAAUUAUUCAGAAGAUAAACAAGCAAUAGGUUUUCAAAACAAAACUAAUAUGGAAUCAGUUCCAAACCAUUUUCAAGAAACUAUUAAUGAUCAUAGUGCUAACAAAACAAUCGUAAAGGAUACCAAAGAGAGUCGAAUUAACAAUGAAAUUAUAGAAAGAUCCUUAUCACAAGUUGAAAAUAAAAGUGAAUCGACACAGGCGAUAAGAAAAAAGAAUAAUGAAGUUAAUUGCGAGCAAACCAAAAAUUUAUUCGAACACAUAGACUCGAGAGAAAGUCACAUGGAAAAAUAUUUGCAGGCAGAUGUAAUAAUCGACAAUAACAGUGGUUUACAAAACAAAUCAGUAAACAUGACUCCACAUUUUAGUGAUUCUUCAACUGUUCUAGAUUUUUCUAUUGAACCUCUAACCAUUAAUGCUUCACCAACAGAAUCGAUAGAAACAAAAUGCUUGAUAGAAGAAUCAAAAUCUGAUAAUGAACAGAAAGAAGUCAAGGUGGUUAAAAAACAAAUCAAGAAAGAAAGUAAAACUGAAAUUCAAAAUGGAGAACAGAAUGGAGAUGCUGCCGUGGAGGCGGAGCUUACAGUAAAAUUACCUUCAAAAAAAUCUGCUGCUAAGACUGAAACUAAAGUGGAAGUUGUAAAAAAACAAUUACCCGAUGGCAGUAUAGAAGAAAUAAAAACAACUACGACAAAAACCACAAUAGAUGGCAAAAUUAAAAUAUCUACUAAGACUGAAACAACUAUUAUACCAAAACAAGAAGAAGAAGAAGAAGAAGUAGAAGAAGUGGAAGAAGAGGAGGAAGAAGAAAAUGAAGUCGCUGAAAUAGAGGAAGUUAAAAAAAAUAAUGCUAAUGAGGUUGAGAGAAAAGAAGUUGUCGAAACGGCAGAAAGUCCUGAUGUUGAUAAAAAGAAAGAUUCAGUAAUUACUACUGAAGAACGGUCCGAAACUCAAACUACAAAGAAAGUAACUGUUGUUAAACAAGAACCUGAAGAAGUAGAGGAAGAAGUAGUUGAAGAAGAAGAAGAGGAGGAAGAAGAGGAAGAGGAGGAAGUCAAAAUAGCAGAAUCAAAGCCAGUUGUUGUUGAAAUGAAGCCUAGUAAUCAACAGGUUGAGGAAGACGAUGUUGAAGAAGAUGAAGAAGAAGUGGAAGAGGAAGUAGUACCAAAGAAGCAAGAACAGGAUUUAAAAAAAGUUGAGGUUAAAGAAGACGAAAAUGUGGAAGAAGAAAAGCAAGAAGAAGAGGAAGAGGUAUUGGAAGAAAAAGAAGAACAAAAAGUAAUCAAAAAGGAAGUGAAAAAUGACGUAGAAGUUGAGGAGAAUAAUGAAGAGGAAGAAGUAGAAAAUGAGCAAAAAGUUGAAAAAAGGGAAGUAGUUAAUCAAAGUAAAGAAGAUGAAGAAUCAGAAUAUACCGAAGAAGAAUAUGAAUCUGAAAAAGAAGAAACACCAGCAAAUGAAACUAAACAACCAAAAACUGAUGUCGAAGAACCGAAAAAAGAGCCCGAGUCACCAAAAAUAGAAGAAAAGGAAGAUGUACCUGUUUCGGAGGAAAAAGAAAAGAUGGCAGCAGAAACUGACAAACCAGCAGAAAAAUCAAUACCGCUUCGGGAACCUUCGGUCCCUCUUGAUAAAGUAGAAGAUGUAGAAAUUAAACCUAUAUCACUUAGUGGAGCCCCAAUAAACGAAUCUUUUACAAAAUCUAUCACAAAAAACACUGAAAUUACAACAACAGAAAGACCAACCGGACCUUUGAGUACUCAAACUGAAUACAACAGGAUAGAAAAUAUAGUAACAGUGAACCGAACCACAAAAACUCUAGAUCACUCAUAUGAGCAACUUACACAGCAUGGUGUUCCAACUGUAAAAACAUAUUUUGCUCCAUCUAGAGAAAGAGUGUCAACUUCUCCUCAACCUUCUAAACCAUACCAGCCAGUAUAUCCACCUUCUUCAAAUCAACCAACUGAAAGGCGUCACAGUUUGCUUUUAGAAAGACUAAGUACCGAGCGACAGAUGCCUACAUCCGAUAUUUACCAAAAUUAUCAGUACAAUACCCAAAGUUAUGAACAGCAAAAACAGUGGUCUCAGGAACCUCAAGCUGAGGUCGUGACUGUUAGUAAUGUAAAACCGAGUAAAAUCACGAACCAACAAUGGUAUCAAAACCAAGAUAAUGUUCUUUACAAUAAUGUUGCUCCUACAACUCCUGCUAGUCAAAUUUGGAAUCAACCUUCCUUCCAAACACAGCCUUCACCUCAACCUCAAUCACAACCACAAACUCAAACACAAUAUCAGCCUUCAUAUACAGAUAACUCUACCAAUACAUAUCAACAAAAUAAUUAUCAAACUUAUACACCUAAACCCACAUGGGCUACUAGUAAUUUAGUUAACAAAGAUACAUUAUCCAGUUCAAUAAAUAAUCAAGAAAAUCAGUACUCCUUUCUCAAUCAAAACUCAUCACAGUCAUAUAAAAAUACCACUGAACAAUAUUCAUCAUCCUAUGUUCCUCCUCCAUGGGAACAGGAUGCAAGAUAUGUACCAGAUACUUCAAAUCAAACACAGUAUCAACCACCAACUCCAACUACAUACACUCCUAAUAUAAACCAAGGAUGGAACCCUCCUCUGCCAAAAAGUAAAUACAGUAAAACACCUCCGACAUCUUACAUCCCACCUGCACCAAAUCAGUCAUUUGUUAAGCCCGUAAACACCGUGGAACCACCUAAAGUUCCAGGUAAGAAAACCUACUAUAGCGAAUAUGAACGACGUUAUAUAACUGUUCCAGAGAGCAAUUAUGUCCCUGGAGAAACUAAGUUCCAACCUCAGCCUGAUCCAUCACCUCAAUAUUAUUACGAUAAUAACGAGCCCACUGACACUGUAGAGCCUCAAUGGCGUAAGGAGCUUAGAGAAUUCACAGAAAAAACUUCACAGACGCAACACUCUGAGCACAUUUCUGUAAAACCACCUUGGGAGGAAGAUUCUACAUAUGCAAAAGCGCCUCCUGUGACGUAUACACCUACACCUUCGUGGAGUCAAACAUUAAGGCCACGAUCAUGGCGCGAGAGAAGCUUUGAGUCGGAGUAUGUUGGAUCUCAAGAAACCCAGAAGACAAGUACAUUGGGAAGGGGUCGCCCUCUUAGUAGUUAUGGAAAAAGUCAAAUAGAAACUAUCCCCGAAAGGCCCAGAGGUGUUUCGGUUGAUAGGUACAACCCGAACAAUUAUCAAUCUCCGAUUCCUGCAGAGCACCCCCCGGUGCAAUCGCACACCCUAAACGUGAUUCCGCAGGCUAAGAGCUAUCAUAAUCCCAAUGUGCCGGCUUAUCAUUCGUCUCGUGCUUCAGCUGAACCAAGAGAGCAACCAGUAGUCUAUCAACAACCACGCCAACAUUGGGGAGAUUCUCGUGCCAGCCCGCUUCAGUCAAGAUCCUUUAAAUACCUCCAGUGGAUAACUGGAACAGACAAUUAAAAGUUAACAAUCAUUAAUUUUAAGUCUUAUGGUUAUAUUUAUAAGUACUCCUAUUGGCUACUGCUACUACUGUGACAUUUAUUUUAAAUUCUUCACGAUCCUAAAAUUCUUCUAUGGAAUUUGAAGUGAUUUUGUGAAGCCAAAAUAGUGUACACUGAAAUAGCUAUGUAGUAGAUAUAGUUGUUGUAAGGUUGUAAAAAUUCGAAGGCAACGAACAGAUCGAUUGAAUGUUUGUAUAAGAUAGUGAGUAAGCUUUUUAUCUUUAUCUUACGACUGUAAUUAAUUUUUCCUAACUUAAAUAAUAUUUAAUAUUAUCAAUUUAAAUCGGACCUAUAUGUACGUACUAAAAUGGGUGUUGAUGAUUUUAAUAAUCAUGUAGAUUCUUUUUAUUGUAACCUUUAUUGGUACUGUUUCUUAAUGUGAUAUUUCUAUUAAAUUUGCUAACCUAGUCAACGAGACAUUGAUUGUCGCUAGUCUGUUAAUGUAAUUUUGAACCUUAAAUAUUUGCAUUUCUGCUUGAGUUUUCUUUUAACAAAGUAUGUUUAUUUAGUUAUAAGUAUUAUGAUCAUUAAUUAUUAAUUUUGCGUGUACGAUGUUACAUUACGUCUUUUAACUAAAAACGUUUCAUGUGCAUACUUGUACACGGUCUACGCUUUAUUUAUUUGAUGUAAUUUAUUUUUGUCUCUUCGUUUUCUCAUUGCUCUAUUGUGUGCAAUAGAUAUAUUGUUUCUAUUCAGAUAUUAAAUUAUUUGUUAGACAGUAAGUCAUAACGGUUUUUUAUUAAACUUUAUGUUAUCUGUGUCAUUACUGUUGAUUUUUGUUUAAUAAAACUUAAAACUUU